CAGAAGCCAUUUUUUAAAUUGCUGUCAGAGUCAUUGUAUUGUAUGCGCUAUACAAUUUUUUUAGAAGAUUCGCAAUCUUUGAUAAUCUGCAUUUGUUCAUCAUUUGCAUCAUAUUAAUUGGUUUCGGGCUAAUACAGUUUAUAAUCUUAAACAAGGAUCCAUCAUGGCCCGUCAAAGUUCGAGACUUGAAUCUAAGAAAGUGAGCACAUCAUUACAGUCCGUCCUGGAUUGACCGUCAUCAUAGCGCCAACUAUAAAAUUGCACAGUGAAUUUUGUUAUUAAAAAUUAUCCCGAUAGAUAAACGGAAAAAAUCCGUUGAGUAGAGUCACCCCCAAAAAAACAGCACAACAAGCAAUACUAUUAAUAAAAUGGACCAAAACACAUCAAAUAUUCAAACAUCGGUAACAAAUUCGGGGCAAAUUCAAAUGUUACCAAUGAACCAGACAGUUCAACUGACUAGCAGUUCCGGACAACCGAUAUUAGUACAAUCUAUGCCACAACAAUUGAACGCAGGGCAACAGGUCGUAUCACCAUCAUUGCAAACAGCAGCCGGUUCGUUGAUCAUGCAUCAGUCUCCACAAACUCAAGCGAUGGCACAAAUCGUACAAUUACCCGAUGGGCAAACGUUUCUCUACCAACCAAUGGCGAUGCAAGAUCCACUGGGUACACCCCAACCACAAAUUAUCAAUAUCAAUGGCAACUUAAUACAAAUACCAGCUCAAACAACUGGUGCCCAGCUACAAACUACGAACGGUCAACCGCAGAUGAUGGUUUUGGCGACUCCGUCAACACAACAACAGAACACCACCACAACAACUACAACGAAUGAUAGUAACGUUGCUCAAUCAAUCAAUACAACGUCGAAUACAACGGGCUCGUUCACGCCGGCCAAUCAAACCGUCACCGUUGAAGCCGAAGAGGAACCACUGUACGUGAAUGCCAAGCAAUACAAACGCAUAUUGAAGAGACGCCAGGCAAGAGCGAAAUUAGAAAGUCGUAUACCAAAAGAGAGACCAAAGUACCUGCACGAAUCACGUCACCGACAUGCAAUGAAUCGAGUUCGCGGUGAGGGUGGUCGCUUUCAUUCCGGACAAGGUCCAGAUGGUAUGCAUUCGCAACAGCAACCGAUGUCCCAUCAACAAACCCAUCAGCAAGUGACGAUACAACACCAGCCACAACAGUUACAGCACAUACAAAUGGCACAGCCGAUUAAAUUGGAGAAGAAAAUGUUUUAAAUUUUGUGUACAUGGGACGAGACUACUUUUUUUUCUGAAAUUGUGUCAUUGUGUGACGAACGGAAUUCCUAUGUGGACGAACUAAUAAUCUGUGGUAUCUUGCGAGUAAAGUAAUCAAACAUUUCGUCUGAUGUUGAUGGAAUGAAGCUGGCGUUUAGGACUUUAAUAUCAAUGUGUACAUAAUAAAAUGCUUAACGAACAGAAAUAAGAUUGGUAGUGAUCAAUUGUUAUCCUUCAUCAUAUUUAACGGUAUUAAAACGGGAUAAUUGUUGAGUGUUGAAUUGAUUCUAUAUUAGUUUGAAACAGAUGGUGUUUACACUGUUUCAAUAUACUGACUACCUCAUUCACUUUUACGUGACCAACGAAUAAUUCUAAAAUGUUCGAUGUGUGUAGUCUAGUAAACGAAAUGUUUUUGUUAUUUAUCAGUCAGUCAAGAUCAAUUAAUUUACAUAAGAAUCGAAUUGGUCAUGAAAAAAACUCCUUCGCUUUGCUUGUCGAUCAAUAUGCCAGCCAUAUGAAUAAUUUUGAAUGUUUCGGCUGAAAAUCCUUUCAUUUUCUAUCGAGAGAGUUAUCA